CUGUGCUUCAUCUCACUCUCGGUUUUCCUGUCUCGGGGUAUCAGAUUAAGCAGAGGGGGAGGAGUGAAACGCUGAGUGGCAUGGUGCCCUCAAGACUCGACGUGACCACAGCUAUGGAUAUAAUGUCGCCUGCUUUGUGAAAGGGGACUGCAGUCAUCACACCUGGGUACCCGGGGGGCGGUGGUGGCAGUGCCCAUCUCACCUCCCGAAUUCUCCCAGGAUGGCUACCCAGCUCAAUACAUCUGCUGAGCACUUAGUCCCGGGGAACCUGGCCCAUCAUCACCACCACUCUCUGGGUGAUUCCGAGGUCAAAGACCCAGAACUGCUGCUGAAAGCCCGAGCUGAGAGCGGUCACAAGGCAUUGAAUGGCUGCGUUCCACUGUCACAUCAGGUGGCCGGCCAUAUGUAUGGCAAAGAUAAAGUUGGCAUAUUACAACAUCCUGAUGGGACUGUCUUGAAACAAUUACAGCCACCACCACGUGGACCAAGAGAACUGGAUUUCUAUAACAUGGUUUUUGCAAAUGACUGUACUGACCGAAAUCUCCUUGACCUGCAGAAAUAUUUGCCUAAAUAUUUUGGCACAUGGUCACCUACAGGCUCUGCAAAUGAUCUGUACUUGAAACUGGAAGAUGUAACUCGAAAGUUUAAUAAGCCAUGCAUUAUGGAUGUCAAAAUUGGACGUAAGAGCUAUGAUCCUUAUGCAUCUUCUGAAAAGAUCCAACAGCAGGUCAGCAAAUAUCCAUUGAUGGAGGAGAUUGGCUUCCUGGUGCUUGGGAUGAGGGUUUUAGAUGUUCAUGCUGAUACAUAUGAAACGCACAACCAACACUAUGGAAGAAACUUAACCAAGGAAACCAUAAAGAAUGGUAUAUCAAGAUUUUUUCAUAAUGGGACAUACCUUAGGAAAGAUGCUGUGGCUGGCUGCAUAGCGAAAGUUCAAAGCAUUCUGCAGUGGUUUGAAAACCAGGAAAAUCUCAAUUUUUAUGCAAGCUCGUUACUAUUUGUUUAUGAAGGUUCAUCUCAACAAAUCGCCAAAAGAUUCAUAGAAGGAACAGUGUUUGAGAAAAGGGUUGUUUCAAAGGAACAGUUUAUAGAUGGAGAUAUUCCAGAGUGCAACAACAAUGUUCAGGUGUUAAGUUCAGUGGAGAAUGGCAAAACUGAAGAAUCUCGAGGAAAAAGCUAUUCAAAAAUGUAUGUACUUCAGAAAAAGGCUUGUUCCAAAAGACAUCAUAGCCAAGUUGAAAACACAGAGCAAGACCAUAUGUGGAAAAGCAUUAAUGCAGUUUCCCAGGAAUAUCUGAAUGGAAACGUAACCAAACUGGAAAAUGUAUUUUGUCAUGGUUCCACAGAUGUCAGCGAAAGAUCUAAGGUGGAUGUAAGGAUGAUUGAUUUUGCUCAUGUGUUCCCGAGCAGUGGAAAAGAUGAGGGAUAUAUCUAUGGAUUGAAGAAUCUCAUUGCUAUUUUGAAAAGUAUUUUAAAUGACUGAAUUUUUAAUCGGAAGAGCCAAUGAAAUUCUAAUCAAGAACAGCAAACCUUAAAGAAUAUUUGCACUUGCAAUUGUGGUAAAACUGGGGUUUUUAUUGUGAUUAUAUAUUGUAAUCUGACUUUUGUUCUGAUGGAAGGGUUUAAUUUUUAUAAUAUUUCUCAGGAAAAUGAAGUGCUGUCUAGAAAUUUGAUGAUCUAGUUCAAUAUAAAAAAAAAGAAAUGUUUCCAUUUAGAUAUCUGCCGUGAAUUUGUGAUGUUGGUGCUAUGAGGAACCUGCCUCUCUGAUGUUCAUUAGAUUUGAAAAAUCUGGAUCUUUUUCCGGUUAUAAGUGUGUUUCUGAAUUACUAUAAAUCUACCAAUUUUAACAUAGAGAUCCAGUCUCAUUCCUAUGAGAAUUAACACUGUCUGUAUACAUUUUCUAUGGGAUACUUUUAUCUCAUAGACAAUACAUUGAAGGUGCAGCAGUGUUGGCUUGUUUACUUUUAAAUAAAAGAACAAAGACAAAAAUUAAUGCUGAGCCAGGCUGAACUGUAAAGCUUUUACUAUUCAAUUUUAGGUCUUUGUAUUGUUUACAUCCAUUAUAGCAACUGGAUUCCACAUACUUUUUCAAAAGAUAAAGUGAUAUGUAUUUCUGCAUGGGUUGUAUAUUAGUCUUACAGGUUAAAUGGACAGUCAACACCAGAAUUUUUGUUGUUUUAAAAAGAUAGAUAAUCCCUAUUACCUAUUCCCCAGUUUUGCAUAACCAACACAUUUAUAAUCAUACCCUUUUUAACUCUGUAAUUACCUUGUAUCUAAGCCUCUGCAAACUGCCCCCUUAGUUAAGUUCUUUUGACAGAUUUGCAUUUUAGCCAAUCAGUGCUGACUCUAGGUAACUUCAUGUGCGUGAGCUCAAUGUUAUCUAUAUGACACACAUGAACUAAUGUCCUCUAGUCGUGAAAAACUGUCAAAAUGCAUUAAGAUUAGAGGCAGCCUUCAAGGUCUAAGAAAUUAGCAUAUGAACCUCCUAGGUUUAGCUUUCAAUUAAGAAUACCAAGAGAACUAAGCAAGAUUGGUGAUAAAAGUAAAAUGGAAAGUUGUUUAAAAUUGCAUGCCCUAUUUGAAUCAUGAAAGUUUAUUUUGGACUUGACUGUCCCUUUAAAUAACUGAGUGUCUGCUAAAAUAUUCUGCUUUUUAUUACCUAAAAUGCAUUUUUAUCUCAAAUGUUUGCUCCUAAUCCUGCUUUUCUAUGCAUGUCAGGCCCAUGCAGCAUGUCCGAGGCUGAAUAAGCCCAUAAGUUCUCCCUCAUAACCGGGCUGUUGAGGGUGAGAGAGCUUGAAUGCAGUGUCAGGAUUUGGCGCAAACACAGAAAAUAUUUUUGCAUAUUUAAAGUGGAAAUAAAAUCUGGUAAAUGCUGCUUCGAAGGAAAACAUGUUUGCAUGAAUCUUAAAGGGAUAGUGUAUACAUUUUUUUUCUCCUUAUGAGAUCCCAAUGAUCCAUUUUACCUUCUGGAGUGUAUUAAGUUGUUUACAAGUAGCUCAUUUACCUUUUUUUAUUUUGUUGUCAUAAAUAUUUUUUCUUUUCUUUUUGUGUUUUGAAAUUGCCACAUAUAAUGACAAUUUCUGUGCAGACCUAAUGGUUAUAUAAAAGAAAUGUAAACAAGAGUGCAGAAAUAACCACCUUCCCUGUGGAGGGCGCUAAAAUGUAAAUUUCCCCUUGGGCCUUGUUUAUACAGCGAGUGAUAUAAAAAUAACCUUGUGUAUACACAGAGAGAUAAGAUUAUGACCUGUGUUUUCCUGUAAGCUCAACGCAUUAGAUUGAAUUGUGGUGUAAAUUGUUAGAAAUGGCUAUUUUUGUAUACAAAAAUAAACCUAAAGGAGCAAUUUCCCAGA